UGCGCCACUAAACGGUUUUUGUCUUUUCUCGCGUUGAGUGCUGGAGUCCAGCACAAACUCCGCGAACAUUCUGUUGACUUUAGAGCCAUGAUUUUUGACUCUUAAACAUGAAGUUACUAAGGACACACAGGCGUUCCUCUUUAUAUGUCGUUGUCUUUAUAGCUUACCUUCAAUCAGCUCUAGGUGGUGAUUGUCCUGCAGAUGGACGCACUUGGGUGCCUUUCGGACAAAGAUGCUACCAUUUCGUCCACGGAGAAGAAGACACAAUUAAGAGCUAUACACGUGAAGAUGCGAAAUCCAAAUGCAUCGGAUAUGAACUAGUGACCAUUCAGAGUGCCGAAGAGAAUGACUUUGUCAUCAGUUACAGCAAAAAGGUGUGGAAGGAGACCACCAACAUGUGGCUUGGCAUGUACUAUGACACUGACAUCGAACAGAUGAGAUGGUCGGAUGAGACUGCUGUGAGCUAUACUAACUGGGAGGACGGUGACUCCUCCGACCUUAGUCCCCUGGACACCUGCGUGGCGCUGCACACCAACACGGGGAAGUGGGAGAACAUAAGCUGUGUUGACGACGUGGAGAACGGGGUGGUGUGCCAAAGUGUCGAGAUGUCAGCAGAGGAAGGCAAAUCAAAGCCCAGCCCCCUCCUCUCCGCCCUGGUCAUUGUGAGCGUGGUAGUCAUCAUGGGGGCCUCAGCCUCUAUCUGGUUCCUGCACCAGAAACACCACAUGGGCACCGCGGUCUUCACCUCGUUUGAGUACCACCCUCCCUUUGGGGGCCCGGCCCCUGACGAGGCCUGCCUGGUGGAGACGGAGGAGGUGGAGGACAUGCCCUAGCGCCUGCUAACGGACGGUUCUUCUGGGUGGGGUUGAAUCGUACACUAUCAAGAAGACAUGUUUUGAUUGGUUGGCACACAGUAGGUCAAUGAUCUAGCCAAUCCCAUUGCAUUAUGUUCUGUUUGAACGGGCUUCAUUGGGGUUGGCCCUGUCUGCAUUACAAAAACUUUAUUCUUCCACUUAAGAAUAUUUGCAAAUACAGAGUGGUUAGGUAGAAUUAAUUGUACAGUGUUUGAAAUUGUAUUCCUAAGACAUGCAGUUUGCUGACCACUGCUUUGCCUUGUUUUUAAGCUCUAACCGGUUCUUCACAAGUAGUCUUUGUCAUGAGAAUGGGUCAAAUGUGUUUUCCUGAUGUAUACUCAAGGUUGUUUGUGGAACGCUGGUAACAUUUCUCAGUAGAAUUGUAAGAGUCACUGUGGUUAAUCAUCAAAAGCUCAUGAGCCUUUGUUCAGGUCUCUUGUUGUUUCCUGGCUGCCUGUGCAUGGAGUGAUUGCAGAGGCUCCUGUGCUCUCUGUCCUGCCUACUGCUGUUGACAUACACUAUCACACAUCUCUCUCGCUAGAUUGCCUUUGUUGACGUAUUAUGGAACAUUAUCGCCCUGGCGCCUGGGGUCAGGGUUUUCAGCCUGAUACAGAUUGAUAAGAGAGAAAUGUAAUUGAUCACAGCAAUUGAAUGUAAGGGAGGAUAAUCUGUUGUCCAUCUGUGCAGCUGUCAAGGCUUGUAAGGAGACAGAUUCAAACUGAACUUCCAGAGGGUUUGUCUGUGAGAGAGUGGCUGUAAGCCUGUGGUCAUCCUUGUAUUUAUAGUGUGUGAUAAAUGAUGAUGGUUGCCUGGCCUUACAUUACCAAUCAAUGCCAAGACUAUUCUUAAUCAAAUAACACAAACACGCCUUUAGAAAAUGUGAAAAAAAUAAUCAAACUUUGGGAGUAGGUCUUGGAAUAAGCUUCAUAAUUAGUGACAUAAAGCUUUUUGCUCAUCGUUAUACAUUCACUGCUGCAUCUCUCUGGAGACAAGCCGCUGUUUGUUUGUUUUGAAUAUUAAAGUACUUUUGACCGCC